ACUGUUUAGUUUCUUAUAGUCUACACAGAACCUGUAUUCACAUUUUCCCUUGUUUUUACCAUGUAUUGUUUUUUUCCAAAUAAAAGAAUUGUAAUAAUUUUAGUUUCAGUCAUUUUAGUUAAGGACAAAAGUUGUCAAUGAUUAAUGCAGCGUGAAAAAUUAGCUAUUCAUAUCAUUGUUUCUAACAGAAAGCCUGUUAAAGAUGCAGUCUGUGAUUCAGUUUCGCGAAAGGUUGUUGAUAUUUGUGCUCAACAGCCAAUCAAAUUACACCCCUUCCGUCUGUGCUCCUGAAGUACCAUGUUAAUCGGCUGGGAUUGUUUAUGGCUCGAUAAAAAAAAAACUGUAUGUGAGUAUGUGUUCAGAAUCACUGAUCUCACCUCCAAUAGGCCUACACAUAAACAUCAAGAACACAAAUACAUAUUUCGACUAUUUACUUCACCGCAGAAUUCUCAUUCAUGAUAAGCCCACUCAAGAGAAUUGUGUCACCAGAGUGUGCCGCGCACAACCUGUGACAGCAACUCAUUUUCAGUAAACAUGUUUUCAUCUAAUCCCCAUACAAUAGACGUCAUUAAGCUUCCUAAAUUUAACCUCAGUCUAGGAUAUAAACAUGAUGACCAACUUCAUUGCCUGCUAGUGGCAAGAACCUAGGACCUCCUAUACUUCUAACAAUUAUCUUUCAACACAGCAAUCUCUACCAGGACUUUUAUGGAGUGAUUUUACUCUCAGUGGAAGUUUUUUUUUACUUUUUACUAGGUCAAUGGAUCUCACUGUUGGGACUGAACUGAACUUUUGCUUAAAUUACACAUGUGAAGAUGCUCAUAGGACAACAGUCACUGUACUUCUCUAUGCAGGUGUGACAGCAGUGAUCAUUCUGACUGUGUGUGGAAACUUGCUUGUGAUCAUCUCCAUCUUGCACUUCAAGCAGCUCCACACACCGACAAACUUCUUAAUUCUUUCUCUUGCUACAGCUGACAUGAUGGUUGGUGUCAUUGUCAUGCCAUUGCAGUUUAUAACAAAAACCUUAUGCUGGCACAUGAGCACUACACUUUGCUAUUUUUCACUGCUGUGCUCAUUCCACUUCACCUUUGUUUCUAUUUACAAUGUGACGUUAAUUUCCCUGGAUCGAUUUUAUGCUCUGAGCAACCCAUUUCAGUACUCAAACAAUAUCACCCUCAAAGUCACCUCUGUUCUUAUCUGCUUAAAUUGGUUCCUUUCAUUGUGCUAUAAUCUGUUUUUUAUUUAUUUAAAUGUAACUGGAAAUGGUGAUGUGGUGUGUUUUGGGGAGUGCCCUGUAGUGGUGAAUGAGACUUGGGCAGUCAUAGACCUUUUUGUUAUUUUUGUCAUACCAUGUUCUGUGAUGAUUAUUUUGUACACAAAAAUAUUUGCUAUUGCUAGAAAACAUGCAAAAAACAUCAACAUCACCAGAAAUUAUGGCGAGUGCGUUCCUAAAGCUUCAGAAAGGAAAGCAGCCACCACACUUGGUAUUCUGGUGAUUGUAUUUGUUGCAUGUUUGUUGCCCUAUUUCUUGUGUAUUGAGUUGAGUCCUAUUAUUCCAUAUACAUUAUUUGAUCAGGUCCUUGAUGCAACUCUGACCAUAUUACAACUGAACUCUGCUAUUAAUCCAAUAAUUUAUGCCCUCUUCUACCCCUGGUUCCAAAGAUGCGCAAAACUCAUUCUCAUGCUAAACAUUUUCAAUCCUGGCUCCUCUCUAAUCAAUGUACUUUCAAAAAAUUGAUAGGUGUGAAUAUAAAUAAAUUCAUCAGAUGUUCAUUAAAAAAACUAGGUAUUCAAAUAUAUUUCUAUAUGUCAUCAUUAAUACUUAAUUAAUAUUACAGACAUUCAUUUUCAGAAACACUAUCCAUGUUCCAUUACACAUUUACCUUUUAAAUUGAAUUUGUAAUUAUUAUGCGUC